AUGGACCCUCCUCACCAAAACAACCAGGACGACGCCAGUCAGGCGUCGCGCCGCUCCUCUAUCACGCAUUCACCCACAGACGUCCGAAGCGCGAGCAGAUACGAGUCCAUCACUGGCCGAGACGACGACGGUCUUUCAGAGAGCUAUCAGUCUACGGAUACUGUGCGCAGGAGACCAGAUGCUACCGCAGGAUAUGGCACCAGCAGCCCGUCUGUUGGCACCGCCUCCUCGUCGCAAUAUCUCGAGCCCGUAGUUUCCAACGAGCGGCACCAUCAACGAAUGGGGACCAACUCGUCACAACCUUCGCGCUCGCCCGUACCGCCCUCGGCCCACGACCGUGGAAGGGCCAAGCCACGCAAGCCGCCUCUGUCGCGGCGAGCUUCCUCUAAUACACAAGCACCCCAUCGUGGCGGCAUUUUCUCCGUGGACGAUGCGCUCGACGAAAUCGCGGCAGAUCAAGAGGCUGAGCGCCAAAGUUACGCAACGGUUCGGAGAAGGCAAGCUGGGGCUCCAAAAUUGAGCAGGAUACAGUCGAGCCGAGACGAGGUUGCAUCCAGCGAAGACUUGGCACCCCCAAAGACGCCCGUAAUUGUGGAGGAGGAAAAUGAUGACACUGCGGAAGCCGAAGCCGUCGAAGAGAGUGUGCAGGCAGGUGAUGGGAUGGACGACGACACGCCGGUCGAUGACGACGACGACGACGAUGACGACGGUGACAUUAGUGACGCCGAGAGCUUCACACUCAAGGACAGGCAGGCCGCCAUCAACGAGACACAUCCAUUCGGUAUAAGGCUGUGGAAACCUGCUCUCUACAAGAAGGAUAGAUCGGUCCAGAAGAAUGCAGAAGUGGACAUCCACAGCUCGCCUGGCGGUAGGGUCAGCAAGUGGCUACUGCUGUUCAACAUUGUUUGGACACUCUGUUUCGGCUGGUGGAUGUCUCUGAUCGCCUACUCAGGUGCUAUCGUGUGCUUCCUCUUCGCCGCGGCUCCUAGCGCGCGUGAGUAUGGACGUGUGCUAUGGGGAUUGGCAGGAUAUCUCUUCUACCCCUUCGGCAAAUUCAUCCGACUCGAGCAGCAGGAGGCGUACAUCGACGAGGAUCAAGGCGAGGGUCGAAGCAUCAGCGAGUACGAGCAAUGGCAGAGCGGCGAUCUGGAAUACGGAAGGCUGUUCUUCGGUCCCGACAUGGGCACCCGGUCUAUAGUUGGAAGAUCACGAAGGAGUAUUGAUUCCGAGCCCAGCGAGACCGACAGCUUGCUGGGACGCGGCCGAGGCUAUCACGGCCACAGCAGCGACGACGACCUGCCCCGUAUCAAGAGGCGGCUCUUCGGCCGUGGUCAGUGGAACAUUGGCCGGCUCAUCUUCUUCAUCUUCUUCUACGCCCUCAUUACACCCUCGCUGUUUAUGGUGUCGGCCAUAUGCUGGUUCCUAGUCUUCUGGAUCCCGAUGGGGAAGGUCACCAUGCUCCUCUUCGAUCAUUUGCGCCGGCAUCCGUUGGCCUUGUCAUUCGAGUCCGACGUCUCGUACGCUCGCAUACCGGCGGCGCCUCACUCUUCCGUUAUUGUCUGCACCUAUCGAGCUGUUGGACUGAAGUACUGGAAGUACACGGUGGACGGCACCAACAUCUUCCUCAUCAACCUCAUGGCCGUUGUGUUGUUCGUCAUCCUCGACUGGGCAUUGCUGGAGGGCGUGUUCCAAGUCCACAAUUUCAUCACCUCCCCCGGCUUCCUCUUCGUUGCCGGUUUAUUCUCCAUCAUUCCCUUGGCGUACUUCAUUGGUCAAGCUGUGGCUUCCAUUUCAGCACAGUCGUCCAUGGGAUUCGGCGCCGCUAUCAAUGCGUUUUUCUCUACUAUUGUAGAGGUAUUCUUGUACUGUGUCGCGCUCAAAGAUGGAAAAGGCGCUCUUGUGGAAGGUAGUAUUGUUGGCUCUAUCUUUGCCGGUAUCUUGUUCCUGCCCGGCCUUUCCAUGUGCUUUGGAGCGAUUAAGCGCAAGACACAACGCUUCAAUGCCCGCUCGGCUGGUGUGACCUCGACGAUGUUGCUCUUCGCAGUGAUAGGCGCAUUUGGACCGACUCUGUUCUACCAGAUAUACGGCUCCCAUGAGCUCAACUGCGUCGACUGCGUCAGCAGUGGUCAUUCUAAGCACGGUAUGGGAGCGAGAGAUUGCCGCCGCUGCUACUUCAGUCAGACUCCCGCCCUCGACGAGCGAUUCUACCUCGAGGCAGUCCGCCCAUACUGCUACAUGGCGGCGGCAUUGCUGUUUUUGAGCUAUGUUAUUGGUCUCUGGUUCACACUGCGCACCCACGCUGCGGUGAUUUGGAAUAGCGAACAGGACGAGAAGAGGCAUGAGGAGCAAAUGCACCACGCUGCCAUGGGUGGCCGCUCAGCCCCUCGUAGCGGGUACCCGUCCAUUGGCGAGGCCAGCGGCAUUGAUGUCCGUGACAGCCAAAUUUACAAGCGAACUCUGGGCCAGACCCUUAGGCAGGUCGGCCUGCAGCCCAGCACUUCGAGCAACGGCGCUGCCGUGACACCGCACAUCCCGCCUCCAAGGUCUGAUACCAUCAGCUCGUCGAUGCAUAUCCCGGGGUUCUCCGAGGCCGAGAAUAGCCAGCUCGUGCAGCAGAUCGCCGAGAUUGCCAGCACGGCUGCUACCGCUGCAGCUAGAGACGCGCGAGGCAGCAUCGCUAAGAGCACUCCUGCGACGACGCCUCACCUACCGCAGGGUCAUUCUUCUGGAAGAGAGACCGCCAUGAGCUCUCACCGGCCGCCACCCAUCCGCACCGCGACUUUCCCCGAGCACGAGGACGCCGUCGGCGCCGAGGCUCACGCUGGUGGUCAUGGAGGUCACGAUGCGCCGAAUUGGAGCAGGACGAAGUCCGCCGUCAUCCUGAUGGGCGCGACUGUACUAUAUGCGAUAAUUGCGGAGAUCCUUGUCGACACAGUGGAUGUGGUCCUCGAGGGCUUUGCGAUUGACGAGAAGUUCCUGGGUAUCACGCUCUUUGCGCUGGUGCCAAAUACCACGGAAUUCUUGAACGCCAUCUCUUUCGCCAUGAACGGCAACAUUGCCCUCUCCAUGGAGAUCGGUUCCGCAUACGCACUGCAGGUCUGCCUCCUGCAGAUUCCCGCACUGGUCCUCUUUAGCGCAGUGUACACCAUCACGAUGCCCAACGGCGAGGCGCCGCUCGACAUGGCCAAGUACACGUUCAGCCUGCUGUUCCCGCAGUGGGACAUGGUCACGGUGAUCCUCUGCGUGUUCCUGCUCAGCUACAUGUACGGCGAGGGCAAGAGUAAUUACUUCAAGGGCUCCAUCCUCUUACUGAGCUACCUCGUCGUUGUCACGGGCUACUACUUCACUGGUUUCGGCGUUGGCAUUGACUCCAUGGGCGCCGAGAGCAGGUUUGAUGUGUGGAACGCCGAGGCCGGCGGCUGGACGUCUUGGGAGAACAGUCGCGAGAGCUUUAAGACUAUUGGCAGGAGCACUUCUGGCGUGGCGUUAUAA